AUGUCUCAACCUAUCAAAACUACAUCCACUCACUCUGGUGAAUUACCUAUCGGCGCUGACGGAAAGCCACUCAAACCAUGCUGCGCUUGUCCAGAAACUAAAAAGGUCCGCGAUCAGUGCAUCUUUGACAAUGGCGAGGAAAACUGUAAGGAGCUCAUUGACGCUCAUUUGAAGUGCAUGCGCGACUUGGGUUUCAAGAUCUAA